AUGGCCUCAAGCUCGCCAGGCCGCUGCUCCCUCAUCCGCCACCGGCCAGGAAGGAGGACGUCGCCCCGCUGCCUUCUCUUGUCGCGACCAGGAUCCCCCCUCCUCGCGCCUCUGGUCACCUCACCACCCCAUCACCCAUCAUGUGCCCGCAUCCGCGCAACACCAUCUCUGCCGCCUCCACGCACCUCCGGUGACCUCCCGAGGCAGGGCCUUGGCAAGUCCCUCGAUGCCCUUUCAGAUUCAUCAAGACCGGCAAGUUCGACUUCGACGCCAAGUUCGUCUUCAAAUCUACACGACUACAUCCGAUGUGGAUUUUGGCAAGUACCUGGAGGCCACAAUUACGCCAAGUUCCACGACGAACUAAGUACCGCAAGCACGUUUGUACCUCUACCGUCGCCGUGGAUCCGACAAGUACCCCUACAACAAGUAUACCUCUAUCGUGUCUUUGGAAUCGCAAAGAACGUCAAGCACCCCUUCGAGAUGACGAGACCGACAAGUUCAAAUGACCCCAAGUACCUCUCCAAAAAUGAGACGUAUACCGCUACCGUCGCAAGAAUAGAGACCGACAAGUCCGAAGAAGCAAGUACCACUCUGAACCAUGUACGACGACCGUCGCCGAAGACCCACGUAACGCAAACGUCAAGUUCAACUACCAUCGCAUGA